CAACCCCAAAAAGAACUUGAAUUGUAUAAAAAAAUGAAUAGAAAACAAAUUCAAACCGUUGACAUACAAAAAUUAAACCAAAACUUCUGCAAUUUCUUUUUUUUCCCUACAAUGUUGGUGGUUCUAAAAAUGGCAACUGCAUAGAGACUAGCUGUUUUUUUUUGUUGGACUGCAUAAAGAGUAACUCAUGACAUAAUUCAAAUAGGAGCCAACGGCUAACAAAACAAAUAAGGAUUUUUGUUAUGAUUCACUCCGAACUCAAUGCUAUUUUAUAGGCAAUGCUGUAUCUUGGAGAUCAUAUAGCGUAGUGUGAAGUAUUCCUAUUAAUGUUCAUCGAUAGAUAAUUACAACAAAAUAUAUCAACUUGUUAACAAGUAAUUUGGUUGCCCAAAUAUAAUUUCAGUGGCUUUACAUUAUGGAGAUGCAUGCUUGGAUCCGCAGCAAAAUUGUUAAGUUGGUCACGAAAACUACCAUGGCCAUGCAAAUUUAUUUAUUUUGGUCAUGUUGGUACUACUGAAUAUGGCCAUAUGCUAUAUACUUAUAUGACAUGGAAAGAUGGCCUAAACAAACGAUCAGUUAUUCUGUAAGUGGAAACUGAAAACUGGGUAACUAACACCAAGUAUUUGCAGGACUUGAAAAUUACAUUCGUAGGUUUGCUAGCUAUUCAGAGUAUAACCAACAUCUUUUAUAUGACACAUACAUUCAAUCGUUCAAAAAAUCCCUAAAAUUUUAACAUGAAUACACCUGUUUCUAGUUGAUUUCACAAGCCACAUUUUUUUUCUACAAAUUCUGUAAAUUCAUUUUUUUCCAGCCAAUUCUUAUUGUGCGUACUAAGGGCAUUUAAUUUAGCUCAUUAAUAUAUUGACGGUUUGUACAUAUGAAUUAUGUCAAAGCUGAACGCUGUAUAUAUAUAAGACAUUAUUUUGUUACUUUCUUAGCAAUAAGAAAACCUCUUUACAGUUCAUGUAUGUUUUUAACAUGCCAUUGUAGUUGACAGAAAAAAAAACAUGCCAUUGUAGAACAGAAAACCUAACUUUUAAGGAGUUUUGUUAUCUUUACUCUGCUAAAAGAAAUUAGGUUUCUGACCAUUCUGUGUAUCUUCCAUUGGCCAUCAUUAGCCAUGAAGUAAUUAUUUUAUAUUAAACUAUGUUUUUAGAAUUCUAAACUGACUCCACUUACAGUUCAACCGAUUCCACUGAAAUAAUGUUUACAGUCUAGAGCAUAGUCUAGAUAGAAAUAGAAGAUAUGGACGACAGUACACAAGUUGAAGGUCAAACACAGAGAAAUGAGAGAGAGAGUUGAAAGUACAUUUCAGUUCCGUAUAUGAUUAAAUAAGAAUUUAACAAACUUUACUAACUCAAAUUUAAAGUAAUGUUCGCUUUGUAUCAGGACGUAACGCUCACUCAUUAAAUAAUCUUUCAAACGAAUCACUUCUGUAAUAAGGACUCUAUUAUUUUGUCACUAAUUAAAAUAUCUCCUCGCAGCAGGCUUUAUGUUUUCUCAAUAAACUAAUUUAAGAGAGUUACUAAUUUAAAAAAUGUUGAUAGUAUGCAAGUGAUAUUUCCAAGGCAGCUAGACAGAAAAACUCCAGGUUAUUACCUCUCCACCUUCAUCUUGCAGAGAGUGUUCUUUCUGGGUUUCCUGACUUUUUUAAUAAUAUAUUAUUGAUAUUAAAUUAUUAAUACAGAAAAGCAUUCUUUUAAUAAUCUUGAGACUAAUGAAGAUUUGUGAACCCAAUUAAUACUAAAGUUUUUACUGUAUAGUUUCCUCCCCCCAUCUGUCUUGUCUCACUGUCUUUUUUCUCCCUAAUAAAAACCUCUUUCCCCUUCUCUGUCUACUCUAUCUCUCUGACUGCAAAGAACUAAGCUUUUCUCUAAGAGGGCAAAAAGGUUUGUUCUUUUCUUCUUUUGCUCUUCACAACCCGAACAAUACUUUGUUCUUGUUUGCCAUUGCUAUAAAAACAAGACCCUGAAAACAAACAUAAAAAGGUUCUCUCGCUCCAAUGGAUUUGCAACUGAAGCAAUGGAGAAGCCAGCAGAAGCAGCAGACAGAGUCAGAAGACCAACCUUCUGCAGCUAAGAUACCAAAACAUGUCUAUGAUCAGAUUCAGUCCCAUACUGCAACUUCUACUGCUCUCCCACUCUUUUCCCCUGAGCCUACCUCUUCUAAACUAUCCUCUCUGUCUCAAGAUUCCUCUUCCAGGUUCCCUAAGAUGGGGAGCUUUUUUAGCUGGGCACAGUGGCAAGAGCUUGAACUACAAGCACUGAUCUACAGGUACAUGUUGGCUGGAGCUGCUGUUCCACAAGAGCUCCUUUUACCCAUCAAGAAAAGUCUUCUCCAUCUAUCUCCUUCCUACUUUCUUCACCACCCUCUUCAACACCUCCCUCACUACCAGCCUGCUUGGUAUAUGGGGAAGGGGGCGAUGGAUCCUGAGCCAGGGAGAUGCAGGAGGACGGAUGGUAAGAAGUGGAGAUGUUCAAGGGACGUCUUCCCUGGCCACAAGUAUUGCGAGCGCCACAUGCACCGUGGCCGCAACCGUUCAAGAAAGCCUGUGGAAACUCCUACCGUCAAUGCCACUACCUCAACUCCCAUUGCUCCCGCUUCGGCACCCGCCACAACAGCAUCUUUGUUUGCUUUUGGCGGUGGUGAGGAAGUGGGUCAGGGAGGAGGAUCUUCUUGUUUCUUCUUCUCUGGUUCUGGCUCUUCCAAUUCUUCAUCUGAACUUCUCCACCUUAGUCAAAGUUCGGAGUUGAGGCAAGGAAGCAACAACAGCAACAACAAGAGGCCAUACGAAUCCCAUAAUGGAUUUGGCAACAACAUAUCAGACGGAGGACACACUUUGAGGCACUUCUUUGACGACUGGCCUCGUUCUGAAGCCGACAAUAGUACAACCCCCAUGAGCUCAACCACCUGUCUCUCCAUCUCCAUGCCCUUAAACACUUCCUCGGACGUCUCUCUAAAGCUGUCUACAGGCAACGAAGAGGAGGAAGCUAGGAGCAACAACAAUGGGAGGGACCAGCAAAACAUGAGCUGGUGGAGCGGUGGAGGGUCGCUUCCCAACCACCACCACAUGGGCGGACCAUUAGCCGAAGUCCUGAGAUCUUCCUCCUCGUCUUCCCCAACCAGUGUUCUCCAUCAGCUCGGUGUCUCCACACAAGCCUUUCAUUGAACAGUGUAUAACCAACACAUCAUUGCAGUUUUUUCUACUGUUUUGUUUUUAUAUUCAGAUUUUGAAGGUUUUUGUUGUAUCUGCUACAGUUCUGAGUUCUCUGCAGAUUUUCCUCUCAAAUAUUUAUCUUUUUGGAACUAA